AUGGAAAUAGAAAAAGUUUGCAAUACUGUUCGAGGGAUUGCACUUUCACCUUUUCAGUCUAUCAAAACAACUUUCAGGGAAAAUUAUGAGCUGGGCUUGGAAGCAGCUGGUUCAGCUUUUGCUGUGUUUCAAGAUGGAAAAUUAGUAGUAGAUUUAUAUGGGGGAUAUUCUGAUGUCGAUAAAAGAAUACCUUGGCAGUAUGAUACUUUGACCGUUUUUUUCUCAGCUACGAAGAGUUUGACUUCAAUUGUAUUAGCCAUGUUAAUAAGUCAGAAACUUGCUAGUUACGAUGAUUUUGUAUGCACUUAUUGGCCAGAAUUUGCUUCAUAUGGAAAAAAUGGAAUUACAAUUAAACAUGUUGUUCAACAUCAAGCAGGAUUACCUUACGGUAAUAAAAUGCUUAAUAUUGAUGAUGUAAUGAUUGCCGAAAAUAUGUCAAAAGUAUUAGAACAAAUGGUACCACUGUGGAAACCUGGCACUACAUGUGGAUAUCACGCACUUACUUUUGGCUUCCUUGUUGAUCAAAUAGUUCGACGUAUUGACGUGAAAAAACGUGGAGUUGCAUGCAUUUUACGUGAAGAAAUUUUACUUAAACAUGGUAUUGAAGAUAUUUUUAUUGGUUUACCAAAUAUCCAAAUGAAUUCACGUGUAACUCAAAUUGUGGAACUAUCUGAAAAAGCUUUGAAACUGGAAAAACUAUUAAAUCCAGAAGGAGUAAGAUUAUCACUUUUAACUCAUAAUGAACCAUAUCGAUGCUUAUACGACACGUGGCCAUGGAUUAAACUUUCUGAGUAUAAUAAUCCAAAAAAACGCUGUCUACAAAUGCCAUCAAAUAUGGGAAUUGGUACUGCUCGAGGACUUGCUAAAGUUCAUUCUUUAGUAGUUCAGGGAGAUUUAAUAUCAAAUGAUGUUUUAAAAUUAAUAUCUGUACCUCAACUCAUCAACACUAUGGAUAUUAUCAAUGGAUAUUCAGAGACAAAAGGAUUUGGCUGGCAAUAUAAUAAAAACAAAUUGGGGAAAUGGAAUAUCGGUCACUCAGGGCAAGGAGGUCAAAAUGUACGAAUGGACCUCGACAAUAAACUAGCUUAUGCUUAUCUGUGCAAUGGACUCAAAGCAUGCGAUUCAGAUCAUGUUUAUACAUUUCGCAGACUUCAGGAUACAUUAUAUCAGUAUUUAUCAUUUUUUCAUCCUGUUUCUAGUCCACUUUAA